AUGCGCCUGGUACUACUUGCGAUAUUCCUGACUGCUUGUCAGGCGGAACUAAUCGUCGAAUUGCCCAAUUUGGGUAAAGUUGAAGGUCGGCUAACCACCAUGAAUGGGCUAAAAGUCCACCGGUUUGCGGGAAUACCAUAUGCCCAACCACCGGUUGGAGAAAACCGAUUUGAGGCACCCAAACCGGUGGAACCAUGGGAUGGUGUUUGGAAACCUGAUACCACUUACAGAUGUAUGCAGUUUACCAGACUCCCACAUAUGGACGAAGACCAUGUGAUUGGUGAGGAGGAUUGUCUUUAUUUGACCGUUUACACGGCCCACUUGAAUGCUAGUUUUGAUGUGGUUGUGUACAUUCAUGGUGGUGAUUUCGCGACUGGUUAUGCCAGUGUUUACGAACCUGACUAUUUUAUAGACAAAAAUAUAGUUUUCGUAAACUUGAAUUAUAGAUUAGGGCCGUUAGGUUUUUUGAGUACUGAGGAUGACGUAGUACCUGGCAAUAAUGGGCUCAAAGACCAAAUCCUGGCCUUAAAAUUCAUCAAAAAAUAUAUCCAACAUUUCGGUGGUACUCCUGACUCGAUCACACUUUUCGGAGAUGGUACCAGUGUUAACUUCCAUUACUUAUCGCCACAAUCCCGUGGCUUGUUCCACCGUGGUUGGUCCAUGAGUGGUACCAUGUUAGUACCAUGGGCCCUAAUGGAGCAACCUUUGGCCCAAACGAAAAAACUCGCCACUAUCGUGGGUUGUGGUACCGAUGAGACAAUGAUCAAGUGUUUGAAAAGUAGACCAGCCAGGCAAAUUGCCUUGACAGUACCACGGUACCAAGCUUGGUGGUACCUGUCAUUUGCCCAAUUCGGGCCCGUGAUUGACUCCUGGGCCACUCAACCGGUACUACCAACCCAUCCCUACCAAAUCAUCAAAAAUCAACAAGUCUAUGACGUCCCUUGGAUCGCCUCUUUUACAAAAUCGGAAGGGUUGUACCAUUUAGACGAAGUCUACAAUAAUCAACUUUUGACAAAGCUUGACGACAACUGGAAUAAGUACAUUCCAGCUAUUUUGUACUAUAAUUACACCGUGGAUCGGGAUUUGCAAGAUGAGGUGAGUCAGAAGAUUAGGAAGUACUACCUUGGAGAGAAGAAAUUGUCAAAGAAGACGUUUCGGGAGUUGGUGGCGAUGUUUUCAGACCGGAUUUUUAUCAACGAUAUCGUCAAAACCGCCAAACUGAUGGCAAAGUCAAUGAAAUCCCCUACCUAUGCCUUGAAAUUUGAAUACAGGAGUAUGAAUAGUUGGUUCGAGCAUGAAACAGAGAGUGGGAGGAAUUUUGGAGCAGCUCAUGCUGAUGACGUCCCUUAUAUUUUCAACAUGGGACUUUUUGAUACAAGCAGAAACCACCGAGACAGAGCUAUGAUUAAAAUUUUUGUCGAUUUGUUAACAUCGUUUAGUGACUCGAGCAUUCCAAAAGUAAAAAAAAUAGAGUGGCCACAAGUACCAAAAAAUGCCACAGACGACUUGACCUAUCUAAGAAUUGGAGCCCCGUCUGACGUAACUGUGGAAACGUCAAUUCGAAGCACUGCCUCUUUUUGGGAUUCGCUACCAAUUAAAGAAAAUGAAAAAUUACCCUAA